UUGGGUGUUCGAUUUCGGCGUACCAGUGUAAAAAAAGUUAUUGAGGUUCGCAUGGGUGAUAUGUAGAGUGCGUCGACAAAUAUCUAUGGUAUCCAUUACUUACUGGCCAGAGAUAUGAUCGACUGUGGAUACUUAUGAUGGAAAAUCUGUAGUUCCUUCUCACAAUCGAAUCAUGAUUAGAUACAAGCUACUUUACCUCACAUUGGCCACGUUGACUUUCUACACUUUCUACGCCACAUCUCAAGAAACUGUAAGAUCCGCCGAGGGUAAUAUUAGCAAGAAAUGGGACCCACCCGAUAAAGUAACUUUACAAAAAUCUCAACCCUACUCUCAAGAAGGCGACCAACGAUCCUUCAUGUCAAACCUGGUCACGUGGAUAUUUCCAUUUGCCAAACCCGCAGAAGAAAGACGUGACUUCACCGGGUACCAGUACUUACCCACCUCUUCAAGCCAAAGCCAUAUAGACAAAGACUGUAACUCCUGCAAUCGGGAACCUUGGAUUCCUAUUGCUUCUAGUGUAGGUGAAAAAACUGUUAUAAACUUCGUGCCCCCCAUCAAAAACUUUGAACACUCGUCUAGCGAUUUUAGUGUAUUUGAAACCUUACACCCUCCCCCACCCUCGUAUAAUCCCCCGGUUGUGCAGUACGGUCCACCACCUCAGUUCAAAUUGAAAGGUACCAGAAAUAAUUUUGGCCUAGCAAAGCGGCCCAGUCAAACUUAUGCUAGCAAUGACGAGAUUGUUAUAGUGGACUACAUGGUACCACCUCCAAUUAACUACAGGGUACCAUCGCUGAUAUAUGGACCACCAAAGCCAAUGUACGGACCACCACCAGCAAACAAACCAGUGUAUGGUGCACCACCACCACCCAAACCAGUGUAUGGUGCGCCACCACCACCCAAACCAGUGUAUGGUGCGCCACCACCACCCAAACCAGUGUAUGGUGCGCCACCACCACCCAAACUAGUGUAUGGAGCGCCCUCUCUGAAACCUAAACCUAUUUACAGUCCAGUUCCGCCUCAAUUUGGAUACAACAACCAAUACUUUGACCAACCUCCACCGGCAACAACGUACCUCAGACCAGUCUCACAGGACAUUGCCCCUCCUCCACCACCAAUUUCCGAUCUGUCUAGCGUAAACUACCAAGGUGAGGUGGCAACCGAUUUCGGUGGUCCAAUUGCACCAUCUGAUAGUUAUGGCGCUCCCGUAACUGGCGAUGCCUUAAAAUAUUUCUCUCCCCCUGAGCAGCUGUCGUUGUCGAAUGAAAAAAAGGAAUACAUAGAAAAACCCAUUCCUCUGCCAAAUUUAAGUUCAUUCCCAGUGCUCCCGUUCCGCAAGUUCGGAGAUUUCAAUCAGAAUUUAAUCCAGAGCCCACAGACUGAUAAUACUGAGGUUAAGAUACAGGAAAGUGUAAAAAUUGCUGAUUAUCUAGCUGCAAUCGAACAUCCCAUCAACGUUAUCCAAUCUCCUUUAAUUGAGUUGUCCAUCAAAGGCGAUACUUACGAAGAAAAUGAUAAGCCUGAUGAAGUUGUUAAUAAUGAAGGAUUCAUACCAGUAGAUUCAAACACUCUUUAUUCUGGAGAUGAUAUUAACCACCAGUCUUACGAUAAUCAAGAAGGGAACUAUGUUAGGAGCAAUAAAGAACAGAAACCAUACAGCAAUAUUAAUGAGAAAUUACAAAACGCUGUAAUCUCUUCGAAAUUGAGCGAAAACCCUAUCGUAGUCGAAGACGUCCACGCAGAGGCAAGUAGUAACAACGACACUUUUGUUAACUCCAACGAAAUUAACAUUAAACGUAGUAACGGCAAAGAAACAGGGACACAAAAUUUAAAUUUUGGCCCUGUCAGCGGUACAAAUAUUAUAAAGUCACUUUUACUUGAUAAAGCAUCGUCACAGACUUCAAGCGCCUUUAAAAAAAGCGACUACAUAGCUAUAAAUAAUAACUUCACCAUGCCUCCUCUGGAUUAUGGAAGCUGGACGCCAACCUUUGGCGUAACUAUGUCUAGUCUCAAAGUUCCUACUAAUCCAGCUGAAGCGUCACGUGACUCGACGACUACUAAGAAACCGAAACUUUUACAAAUAAUAGUUCCGUAUGUAACCAACAAACAGCCUGGGUUCUUUGAAAAAGACUGGAAGAGUCAACCUUUCUCUCAGAUUCCAAGUUACAAUGGAGCUUACACCACCCUCUUACCAGUGUUCACACCUCCCGAAACUGCCCAAUUAUCAGUUUGGUCCAAGUACAGUUCAGUCGAAGUAAAACCUGUGACACCAACAGCGGUUCCUAAGGCUACCACUGCGGUGUACAACAUCAAAGAAUUGUUAAGUAAAAGAACAGAGCAGCUUCCAUUCGAUAUAAUUUCUUUCCAAAAGCAUAUCGACGAUUGGACGCAAGAAGCUUAUUCCUUAAACGCUCAAAAAGAAAGGUUUUCGACACCUAAAGAAAUACCUAGUGAAUAUUUUACUACUGAAGCACCUAACACGUACCUAGAAACAACAACUUUUAAAAGCCUGUUAGACUAUAGCUUUGCGGAAACCACGCAAGUAGAUAUAGUUGAUGCUAACGUUGACAUAGACUCAAACCUGGUCAUACCAGCUGAAACGACUACUGAGAAAUAUACAACAACGACAUCACCAACAACAAAACUAUCGAGCAAGGCCCCAUGGAACGUGUCACAUAUUACAAUCUCACGGCAGUCUAAGGAGAAAGUUUAUAUAGUAACUCCCCAGACCUACAGCUUCUAUACGUCGACUCCAGCGACGGCCUGGAGCAGCGCGCCUAGAAUCGAAAAAGGGAAGGUUAACAAUGGAUCUACGUACGAUUCACAUAAGUUCUCUAUUAGGGUGGAACCACAGAACAAAACGAGCAGGGAGAAGUUAAAGAGAGAUGGCACAGGCGCCGUGAAGAUCGUCUACAGCGAGUGGCCUCAUUUGAUAAACGAUCUUCAAGCGACGACGAAGAGACCAUCGUCAAGACACCCUCUAUUUGGUCUAAUGGAUAUUUCUGCUUAUACGCCCCCACCAAAUUCUACAGUAGAGACUAUUCUCGGGCAUUCUCGGGUUGCUUUGGCAGUAACUACGCCCUCAGGGUCGCAGACUAAGAAGACAACGAUCAAAGCAGGGACUCACACGUAAAAUAAUAGAUUGUAAUAUAUCCAUUCUGUAUAUUAAAUAUUUCUGGUGAAAUUAUAUACGGCAUGUCCAUGUUUAGGAAUGUUAUUUUUACUUGACUUUGAACUUCUAGGACAAGUUGUUAAAUAAUUAUUCAGAAAAUAGUCUAUCCAAAUUGUAUUAAUGAUUUCUGAAGGCUAUUUAAGCAGAUAAUUUGUUAGGAUGAAGCAAUUUGUACCUAUGACUAAAAGAUAUUUUCCUCAGUGUACCAGUUUAUUUAUUUUUUAAGAAUGAUACCUCCAUUUGAGCGUAGAAAAUAGGCAGCUGUCGCGUAUCUUUGUUUGUUUUAUUUCUUCCAAUCUCUGAACGUAAUAAAAAAUUUAACUAAAAAACCAAUAAAAAUUAAAUACUUUCUGUUUCGAAGCAAUCAACAUGGACGAUUUAUCUAAAAAUUAAAAUUCUUAUAUUACCCAAUUUAUAUCAACAUCUUUCUGUAAAAUUUUUUACACAAAUUUUUCCUCUUUCUGCACUAACCUUGGUCACUGUAUAUACUUUCUUAAAUUAAAGUAGAUGUCAUGUAUAAUAAUUGUAAAUAUAUUUCAUUGUAUCUAUUUAAAUAUUUAAAAUAUCAGUCUCCUAAUGUCACAGUAUAAUGAGGUACCACAGAAGUUUUUUAUCGAUCCGGUUUUGUCGAUUCAAAAAUGAAAAAAAAGCCUUAUUUUUUCACUUAUUUGUCGAUUUUGCUGAUUGGUUUGAUUGAACGAAUCUGUUCAAUUUCUAGAUGUCUUUCAUCGCCAAUUCUUACUGUUUUUCUUCUCUUAAAUUGUUUUAGUAUUGCACAAGAUUACAGCUAGAUUUGAAGAUACCAAUGCCCAUAAUGUAUGCACAUAAUUGUACGUAGAAGUUAGCUCUUUAAUCUUCAAAAUCGGACGAAAAAAUAUAGGAACGAAGUAACUAAUAUUUGUUUUGAUCAUUGUCGAUGUAUAUGGAAGAGUUUUGUAUUUAUGAAUAUUUAUUUGAA